AUGAAUGGCGGUCUACUAUUUUGGGUCCUCCUGGCUCUGUGUAUGAAGGAGGUGUUUUCUUCCUGGACAUCACAUUCACACCUGAAUACCCAUUCAAACCCCCUAAGGUGA